GAGCGCGCUGCUCGGCCAUUUCACGGCUUUCGGCGGCCGGUCGCCAUGUUGUCUUCUGUGCUGCGCCUGGCCCCGGCCAACCCCUUCAACGCGCCCCGAUUUCAGCUGCUUACCGAAGACGGCCAUAACCCCACCGCCGAGGCUGCACCGUUGGACGUCGUCCCAGCUACUCGGGUCGGCCGGCGCCUAGCUGCGGCCGCGGGUCCCGAGAAGGAAGAGUACAGUUGCGAGUAUGGCUCUGCUCGGUUCUAUGCCUUGUGUGGCUUGGGUGGUAUACUCAGCUGCGGUACAACGCACACAGCAGUGGUGCCCUUGGAUCUGGUUAAAUGCAGGAUUCAGGUGGAUCCUGGAAAAUAUCAGUCUAUUUUCAAGGGGUUUUCUGUCACCCUGAAAGAAGAUGGAGUUCGCGGAUUGGCGAAAGGGUGGGCUCCAACCUUCAUUGGAUACUCAAUGCAAGGACUGUGCAAGUUUGGUUUCUAUGAAGUCUUCAAGAACAUCUACAGUGGUUUAUUGGGUGAAGAAAAUGCAUACCUAUGGCGUACAUCACUAUACCUCGCUGCAUCUGCCAGUGCAGAGUUCUUUGCAGAUAUUGCACUUGCUCCAAUGGAGGCUUGUAAAGUCCGUAUUCAGACCCAAGCUGGAUAUGCAAACACACUGAGAGAAGCUGCACCCAAGAUGUAUGCUGAAGAAGGUCUCUGGGCAUUCUACAAAGGUGUAUCUCCUCUUUGGAUGAGACAGAUUCCCUACACAAUGAUGAAAUUUGCUUGCUUUGAGCGCACAGUUGAAGCAUUGUACAGAUAUGUGGUGCCCAAACCUCGUGAUGAUUGUACUAAGGCAGAGCAACUCGUGGUGACUUUUGUUGCUGGCUAUAUUGCUGGUGUGUUUUGUGCUAUUGUAUCUCACCCUGCUGACUCGGUGGUGUCUGUGUUGAAUAAGGAAAAGGGUAGCUCUGCUUUCCAGGUUUUGAAGAGACUUGGGCCUGCAGGUGUGUGGAAGGGGCUUUUUGCCCGUAUCAUCAUGAUCGGCACUUUGACUGCCUUGCAGUGGUUUAUCUAUGACUCGGUGAAGGUUUACUUCAGACUUCCUCGCCCACCACCACCUGAGAUGCCAGAGUCGCUGAAGAAGAAGCUUGGAUUGACUGACUGAAAGAAACACCGAUGAACUGGGCCAGACGUGUUGCAUCCAUAAGACAUGUAAAAAGUUUUAUUUAAUAUUCAAGGUAUCAUGUCUGUAAUGCCAUGUUGGUGAUUGCUGGCAAAUUGGGGUCAGUAUUCACCAUCUCCAUUUCUGAAUAAAGAACAUAAUCCAACUUUUAGAUGUGUAAACUGAUCACUUGCCGGUUUGUUUAAUCAGUUUAGACCAGUUUUAAUAAAAUGUAUGAUCACUUCAUUAUGGAAAUUUGCUAUUGAUGGCACAGAAGAGCUAUUAUGUACGUGGUUAGUCAGUAAACACCUGUUUAAAGCUGCUUAAGUAUUUUUGAUUUCUGACUAAAUUACAAAGUUAGUCUGUAAAUUUAAUUGCUUGAGAGUUGAUCUAAACUUUUUAAAGACACUCCAUGUGUUUUCUGCAGGUAAACAUCAGUUUUAGUAGUUGUACAAUUAAAGGUGCUUGAGUCAUUGAUGUACAGGGUUAAUAUUCCAAAGUGAUGCUGGUAUGUAGACUUUGAUGCCAUGGGUAUUUUGUCAGAGCAUAAUAAAAUGUUUGCAAGCUUAA